GGAUUUGCAUGCGGCCGCCGCGGCCGCUGCCUGCGCCCGAGCCCGCCGCCGCCGCCGGAGCCCGCGCCCGCGCCCGCGCCCGGCCCGCGCGGCCCCAUGCCUCUGGCGCGGCCCUCGCGGGGGCGAAGGUGAAGACCGGCUCCUAGGAUGAGUGAAGGGGCGGCCGCUGCCUCGCCACCUGGUGCCGCUUCGGCAGCCGCCGCCUCGGCCGAGGAGGGCACCGCGGCGGCUGCGGCGGCGGCAGCGGCGGGCGGGGGCCCGGACGGCGGCGGCGAAGGGGCGGCCGAGCCCCCCCGGGAGUUACGCUGUAGCGACUGCAUCGUGUGGAACCGGCAGCAGACGUGGCUGUGCGUGGUACCUCUGUUCAUCGGCUUCAUCGGCCUGGGGCUCAGCCUCAUGCUUCUCAAAUGGAUCGUGGUGGGCUCCGUCAAGGAGUACGUGCCCACCGACCUAGUGGACUCCAAGGGGAUGGGCCAGGACCCCUUCUUCCUCUCCAAGCCCAGCUCUUUCCCCAAGGCCAUGGAGACCACCACCACUACCACUUCCACCACGUCCCCCGCCACCCCCUCCGCCGGGGGUGCCGCCUCCUCCAGGACGCCCAACCGGAUUAGCACUCGCCUGACCACCAUCACGCGGGCGCCCACUCGCUUCCCCGGGCACCGGGUGCCCAUCCGGGCCAGCCCGCGCUCCACCACAGCACGGAACACUGCGGCCCCCGCGACGGUCCCGUCCACCACGGCCCCGUUCUUCAGUAGCAGCACGCCGGGCUCCCGACCCCCGGUGCCAGGAACUCCAAGUACCCAGGCAAUGCCCUCCUGGCCUACUGCGGCAUACGCUACCUCCUCCUACCUUCACGAUUCUACUCCCUCCUGGACCCUGUCUCCCUUUCAGGAUGCUGCCUCCUCUUCUUCCUCUUCUUCCUCCUCCGCUACCACCACCACACCAGAAACUAGCACCAGCCCCAAAUUUCAUACGACGACAUAUUCCACAGAGCGAUCCGAGCACUUCAAACCCUGCCGAGACAAGGACCUUGCAUACUGUCUCAAUGAUGGCGAGUGCUUUGUGAUCGAAACCCUGACCGGAUCCCAUAAACACUGUCGGAAGGUGUGAUCCAGAAACUCAAGAGAAGUCAUCAAGGAAUCAGUCUCUCUACAUAUUUUUCUUCCUUUAUAAGUAAAUGGCCUGCAAAUCUUUUCUCAUUUCUACCGCUCUCCCUGAAGGACCUGGUAGAGUACUUCCUUUUGAAAUAUCUGGCUGCAGUUGGCCUAUAGCUCAGUCUGGGUUUCUGGCUUGUUCUGUGCAUUUGUUUUUCGUGCUUCAAUUUGCCAUUGUGUCCUGGUAAUGGAAGGAAACAAUCCUCAGAGAUCUUGUCACACUAAGUCUGUGGCACAAUUUGAAACAUUCAGUAAUACCAGCUGUUCUAAGCAGAACAGAAGUCAUAAUUAGGGAUGCAAUGAUUUCACACUAAACUGUAGUUACAGAAUAUGUAACUACAUUUUAAUGCUCAUCAAUUUUUAUCUUAUACUGUAUUUAUCUUCAAAGAACAAAUGAACCAAGUGAAUUGGAUUUCAGAUACACAGAGCUGGAUUUAUCUAAUAUUCCCUUUCUCAUCUUCUGCUGUAAAAAAAUUAUUUCUUCUUAUGUAAACUACCUAAGAAGUAUCUUUUCCUCCCAGAAUACUGUAGCUUUGUCUGCUCAAAUCCAAAUUAUAUAAAAUGGCAAAGCUGCUCUGGAACACAUUUUGGCUGUUUAAUACACAGUUAAACAUACAAUUUCCAUGUGACCUCAUCAUCCCACAUCCAGGAAAUUAUCCUAAAGUAAUAAAAUUGAUGUUCAUGUAUAAACCUGCUUAAUAAUUUUUUAGAAAAGUACCAUUGCCAAGAACUGGAAACAACCCAAAUUUCCUUCAGUGGGAGAAUGGACAAAAACUAUGGUAUAUGCAUAAAAUGGACAAUAAAAAGGGAAAAAUUAUUGAUAUGUGCAAUCUGGAUAAAUCUGUAGAGGCAUCAGUAUAAGUGACUGUAGCUAGAUUAAAUACUUUGUAAUUCCAUUUAUGACAUUCUGAAAAUGUAAAACUAUAGGGACAGAUUGGAGAUUGCCAGGGAUUGGCAGUGACAGAAGGGUGUGUUAAUUACAGGGGCAGCAUGAGGCAUUUCUUUAUGGUGCUGGGAUCAUCAAUAUCUGUUUGUGCUGGUGGUUGCAAGAAUCUUCAUAUGGGCUAAAACUCAUACAACUGUAUAGCAAUAAUGUGAAUAUUACUGACUGUUAAAUAAGAUAUCUGUGAGUGAACCUUCACUAGGCAAAUAAAAUAAAUAAGUAUUAACACCUGUGACUCAUAUCUGUUGUCAUUUUCCAAAGCUUGAAGCCCAGCAUAACAUCAUGCUUGGUUUUCCAAUUCAUCAUGCUUUUGAUCUUUGUAUGACACAUGCAGAAUUUGGGGAACAUCUUGGGAGAUAAUGAGUUUUUAGUAAUUUGGGAGAUAAUGAGUGCUAUGUUGGGAUAAGUUAACAUUUGUUUUGUUAAAUAUUACAUGGAAGGGAAUAGAGAAAAAGUCUAUGCGGCAACAAUGAUGUACUCUUAGCAUGACACAUGGAAGCUUAUGAAAAAUUAUUAAAGACUUUGCACUCAGUUACCAAAAAAAAAGUCUAUUAUGUAAGAGAUCUGGAUCACCCCCAGCAGAUGUAGGGCUGAAUUGUUGGUUGCUGUUCAUCUGUAAAAAAUGAAUUUCCCAAAUGCUUCUCUAGUGCUUAUUCAGCUCUGCUUAGAGAAGUUUUAUCCUUGCAUUUAUUUUUUUCUUUUCGUGGCCAUAGUGAGAAUGAUAUUAAGAACCGGGCUAAGCCCCAGUUCUGCAUCUGCUUGCUCCUUUAAAUUAGUGAGAGCAAGCUCAUUCUAGUUCAGUUCCUGAGUAGCUGUAAUUAAUGGUUUGUAGUAUUCACAUGGCUUUUGAAAAGGACCCCUUUCUCUCUUUAAAGCACCUUUAAACUUUCUAGAAAAAAACCAUGUAACACUGCCUUGAAAACAGUCCCUUCUGGGUGUCAUUUCAACUACAUUCAGUUCAACUUCAAGUUGUCCAGGGAAAAUAAACCCAUCAAGUAGUGCCUGCAUUGUUAGCUUGAGAACCAGAAGGAACUUCGACCACAUUUGCUUUUGAGAAUGUAAUAAUUUACAUGUGAUAUAUGAUCGUUUAGUUAAGCAACAGUGAUACAGAGGAGCUUCACCUUGGCCUCAUCCAUUGAUUGUGCAGAUUUCAAUACACUUGUUUAAGCUUUGUGGAUGUGGUUGUUCAUUCAAUCAACAGAAGUUUACUUUUGCCUAUCCUGGACCAGAAAUCAGACAUAAGCUCAGGAUAUUAAAAGAUGCUUAUAUGUGUGUUUGGGGAAAGGGAUAAGAAAAUGUAGAGAAAACAGAGAAAAGUACAUGUUGUGAGAUAUGUUUGAUAAAAUCUGGGUUGAUCAAAUUUAAACAAGAUUCCAGAAUUUGUAAUGUAUUAAUAUGCACAAUGACCUUUCAAGAAUGGAAUCUAAUGUGCAAUGAUUCUCAAAUCUCUCUGACUGGGAAAGCCCCUGUUAAUUUUUCUCAGAGAACUUUAUAAUUGUAGUAUCCUUUUCUACACACUUUGCAAAAUGUAUGGAUGUUAGCAAAAAAAAAUUAUCUUUUAUGUAUUGAUUAUUAUCAGCAAUGCUUCUUACUGCCUCAGAGCCAGAGAAAUUGCAAGCAGUGCCUGAAGUGUUGUUUGCCAAGCUUCUGGUAACAUACAACAUUGUUUUUUGUUUUGUUUUGUUUUGAAUUACCGUUUAUCAAAUAGAAAUUUAGCUAUGUCAGUGGUCAGAAUUGUGGAAAUAGUAUACAUACAAACUUGUUUUAUUUUUGGAAGAACUGGAUGAUUAAGGCAGCUUUGCUAUGUGGUAAAUUAUAUUUUAUGCCUGGGUAACAGUUGUCAACUAAAAAUGGGAGAUUUGCUGUCAGAACUUGUUGAGAGUGGCAUGCUCAGUGUAUAAGUAGGUUUCCUGCCAUGACUACAUUGAGUAUAUGAAUUAUAUAAAUGAUAUAUGAGUUUUUAGUAAUUUGAAGAGAAACGUAAUACCUAAAUACAUUUUCCUUUCUGUUACUUACCCCAUAUAGUUUUGCAACAUUUAGUGCCAAGCUAAGGUGACUUUUGAUUAUUGAAUUAACUUCUUAAUUCCAAAGAGUUUGUGCACAUCAAUAGAAUUUUGUUCAAAUAAAAUAGACUAUAGACUAAAAACAAUUUCUAGAAAAACAUGUUGGCUUGCCACUUAAGAUUAUUUCUCUGAUGUCUAAAACAAAUUGAAACUUAGUUUCAAUGUAGCAUUGUAUUUAAUAUAAUCAUAAUUUCAACUGUUUUAGGAAAAUAUUUUAUUAAUAAACCACCAUAGUCCAUCAAACAGAUAAUCUGUAUUAUACUAGCAUGUUAGCUUAAAAUGAUUUUGUAUAUAUUAUCGUUAUAAUUAUAUAUAUCUAAUGAUUGAAGAAAGAGAACUGAUCCACUACAUUGUUAUUGAAAGUGAAUUUAGAAUGAGUUAUAUGUUAAUGCAAUCUUGCUAUCUUUGGCUGAUUCUGGAAGGAGUUGAAACCUUAAUUGAUCAAUCACUUGAUUCAGCUGAAACUUAGAGUGAAGAUUUAAAGUGUUCUUAAUUUGAUCAAAAUGGCAAUUUUUUUUUCUGAAUCCAAUAUGUGGAGGGAAACACAAGCAAACAGUAAUUACCAUUAUGAAAGUUUCAUGAAAUUAUGGUGACACUUUUAAGUCUAUUUUUUAAAGAGCUUUAUUGAGAAACAAUUCACAUACUAUGUAAUCCCCCUUUUAAAGUGGGUAAUUUAAAGGUGUUGAUAUUCACAUAGCAGUGCAAUCACUGCCACUAUUUAAUUUUAGCAUAUUUUCAUCACUCAGAAAGAAACCUCAUACCAUUAGCUGUUAGUCUACAUUCGCCCAUUUUCCAUAACCUGACAACCACUAAUCUACCUAUGUAUUUGUCUAGUAUGGACAUUUCAUACAAAUUGAAUCCUACAACAUGUGAUCAUUUGUCCCUGGCUUCUUUAAAUUAACAAAAUGCUUUCAAAGUUUAUCCGUAUUGUAGCAUGAAGUACUUCAGCCUUUUAUGAGUGAAUAAUAUUCCAUUGUAUGGGUAUAUCAGAUUUUCUUUAUUCAUUCAUCAGCUGAUGGACAUUUGGCUUGUAUCUACAUUUUAGCUAUGGUGACUAAUGCUUCUAUAGACAUUUGCCCAAAAGUUUUUGUAUGGACAUAUUUUUUCACUUCUUUUGAGCAUGUACCCUAGGGAUGGAAUUGCUGGAUCACAUGGUAAUUCUGCAUUUAACAUCUUGAGUAACUGCCAAACUGUUUUCUGUUUUGCAAAGUGGCUCUAGCAUUUUAAAUCCCACCAGCAAAAAUGUGAGGGGACCGAUUUCUCUAUAUCUUCAUCCACAGUUAUUAUUGUCUGCCUUUUUUGAUAUUAAUCAUCCUAUUGGAUGUGAAGUGGCACCUCAUUGAGGUUUUGAUGUGCAUUUCUUGAUGAAUGAUAAUGAGCACUUUUUGUAUGCUUAUUGGCCAUUUAUGCAUUUUUGGAGUAAUAUUUUUCAAAUUAUUUUCCUAUUUAAAAAUUGGGCGAUUUGUGUUUUUAUCAUUAUUAUAUGACAUUUUCGUAUAUUCAGGAUACAAAUCCCUUUUGAGGCAUAUGAUAUCCAAAUAUUUAUCCAUUUUGUGAAUUAUCUUUUCAUUUUAUAAAAUUGUAUCCUUUAAAGUGCAAAAAAGUUAAUUUUGACAAAGUUAAAUUUACAUAUUUAUUUUUUAUUGUUGCUGACCUUUUGUUGUUAUUUCUAGUAAACUAUCACCUAACUCGAGGACACAAAGAUUUACUCCUAUGCUUCUUUUAAAAAUUUUAUAGUUUUAGCUCUUACACUUAGGUCUAUGAUCUAUUUUGAGUUAACUCUUCAUAUGGUAUGAGGUCAGGUUCCAAAUUUAUUCUUUUGCAUGUGGGUAUCUAGUUGUCUCAGCAGUUUAUUAAAAAAAAAAUUCUUUCUUCCACUGAAUUGUCUUAGUACCCAUAUAGAAAAUCAAUUGACAAUAAAUGCAAAGAUUUAUUUCUAGACUCUCAAAUCUAUUCCAUUGAUCUAUAUGUAUAUUGAAAUACAAAUUCCAUAGGUCUUGAUUGCUGUGUUGAUUACUGCAAGUUUGUAACAAGUAUUGAAAUUAUGAAGUGUGGGUCCUCUGCUUUGUUCUUUCUCAAGAUUGUUUGGUUAUUCUGGAAUCUUGAAAUUCUCUACGAACUUAGAAUUAACUUUUCAAUUUUGGCAAAAAGGCCAGCUGGGGUUACAGUAGGGAUCACACUGAAUCUGCUCAUCAACUUGGGGACUAUAGAUAUUAUAACAAUAUUAAGUCUUCUGAUUCAUUACAUUGGGUCUCAUUUCAAAUAUUUAGGCUUUCUUAAUUUUUUCAACAAUGUUUGUUGCAUAAUGGAAGACUUGUAUUGUUUUUCUUAAAUUUGUUUUUAAGUAUUUUAUUUGUAAUGCUAUUUUAAAUGGAGGUUUUUUUUAGAGUUUCCAUUUCUCUGCUUGCAUUACCCAUCUGCUUUUGUAUGUUGUCCUUUUCUUUUCCCCAUUAGAACUCUUAGCAAAUUAAUCAUAGUUAUUUUAAAUUUCUGUUCUGCUAAUUCCAAAAUGUGUAUUAUAUCUAAGUCUUGUUUUAACGCAUGCUUUGUCUCUUCAGGCUGUGUUUUUUAUUUGUUUAUUUGUUUUCUUUUGGUGUGACUUGUAAUUAUUUUGUUGAAAGCCAGACACGGUGUAUUGGAUAAUAAGAACUGAGAACAUUAGUCUUUGAUUGAGAUUUUAUGUUCAUUUGCCAAGCAAAUGUGUUUACUGUUUGUUGUAGUUAUGAUUUCAGACACUAAAUUUUUAUCUAAUGAUGUGUUUGAGUCUUGCCUGUUGUCUUUGGGUUCUCCUAGAGACUCCUUCUUAAAUAGUUCUUUAGCCUUGUAGUUUUUUGUUCUAGCCUGUUAUUAUAGAAGAGUCCUAUUGAUGUGGUGAUAAGCUGCCGUGAGAGGGGAAGCAUUUUACAAACCUGUGAUUAGAUCUGAACCUUUUAGUGAACAUGUGUCCCUGAGAUGUGACCAUCACAAAUAAUUCUUGGCUUUCCACCUUCCUCUAAGGUAAAAGGGGUUUUGCUAGAGUCUAACCAACCUCAGACAAAGGAAAUACCCAACUCCAGCCCACUCUAGCCUUUCGGCUCAGGUAGUAUUAUUUCCAUUGAGGGCAGACCUUUCUUAAGAACAGAGCACUCUGGGUAUAUUUCAAAAUACAACACCAGAGGUUUUUCUCCCAUCUUCACUCUGAGACCCCUGGUGGGACUCCUGAAGGUAAAAGUUAUGAAAGUGUGUGAGGGCUCCCGCUAAAGCUGGGACAAGAGGAAUUUUAAUUUCUCAUUAUAGUCCACACUCAGUCUCCAGUAGUGAGUAAGUUCAUUUUUAAUGAUUUAUGACUGUUGUUGUCUCCAAUAGUGGCUUCUGUUGUUCCUUGUAAGCGCUAUGUAUUCAAAUGUGUCCCUAGUUUUGUAUAAUGGUUGUUUGCCCUGUGACCUAAAUUCUCUGAUAUAUCUAAGAAAAGUUAUCUAUUUUCAGGUUUUUUUUUUUUUUUUUUU